CUCUGAGUGUGUUGUCAGAGUGAUGAUCGAUUCAUUUUUUGAUGACUCAUCAGUUAAGAAUGAACUUAGCAAUGACUUUUCUACUAACUGUUACUCCUCUGUUGAUCUUCAGUCUGAUUUCUCACUCGACAAUGUGGAAAUAUACCCAGAAAUACCUAAUAAUGAUACAUAUGGUGCUCUAUUUCUGAUGGACUCUGCGGACCUUUUGGAUGUACGCGAAGAAGUCAUUGGUGAAGAUCAUUUCUCGUCAAAUCUUGACCAGCCACCGUACUCUGAAGGGCUCCUAAGGAAGUCUGGACCCUUCGCUGCGAAGAGUUCACGAAUUAAUGCUAGUCAUAAAGAUAAAGGCAGUAAACAACACAAUAUUUACCAUAACAAUAAACAUUCUAACAAUGAACUAAAGCCCAGUCAACAAUGUUCAUGGAAUGAUGAUACAUUUGAUGAGAUAACCAAUAAUAAAACUUAUCUAUGUCAUCCUGAUAGCCCAUUAUCAAUUACCAAUGAUAUUCGAAUAAAUUCAUCAUCUGAUAGUAUCGAUGAAGAAUUAUUUGACAAUAAAGAUCAUAUCAUCAUCAAUCAUAAUCAUAAUAUUCAUGAUGAUAUUAAUGAUGGUGAUGGUGAGGAGGAGGAGGAGGAGGGAGAGGAUGAAGUGAUUUCUUUAGAAAGACUAUCUGAUCUUCAUAUGCCAUUGCCAUUAUUUCAUACAGAAUCGAAUUAUUCCAAUACUUCACAAAUUCAUCCAUCUGAUACUGAAAUGGAUACAUCUAGUUUAUUUUCAUCGAAUCAUUGUAUGACUACAAAUCAAUCUGAUGAUGAUGAUGAUGAUGAUGAUGAAUAUAUUCGCAUGAAACAUCUUAAUACUACUACUACUACUACCACUAAUACUACUAUUACUAAUACUACUACAUCGAUUAAUAAAGAUUCAUUGAAUAUCAAAUUAACUGAUGAAUCUACCACUGAAAUCUCUCCUCACAUACCUGUCUCAUCAUCAUCAUCAUCAGCAUCAACAUUAUUUCCUACAAGACAAACUGAUCUAUGCAUACAAUCACCAUCUCAUUUAACGCAUACAAUGAAGCAUUCAACCUAUUCACCAUCACCACCACCAUCUGUUCGAUCACAAUCAACUUAUGGUACAUACUUGAAAAAUGAAGGCAUCAAUUUUAUGACACAUUCAUCUGUUAUACAAUCUACUGAUUUACUACAAUCUUCCGUUCUAUACAAUCAUCAUCAUCAUCAUCAAAAUGGUUUUUACAUUUCUACCAUGCAUCAUCAUCAUCAUCAUAAUUCAUUCGGUGGGGGAACAGCAACAGCAUACCCUAAUCCUCCUAAUGAUCAUCUAGCCUCGGUUUUAACUGGUACAAUACCAACAGAUUUUAUAUCAAAUCGUACUGUAUUCUGUCCACAUCUUGGUUGUGGCAAAACAUUUCGUGAUACAGCUGCCAUGCGUAAACAUUUACAUACACAUGGACCACGUGUUCAUAUUUGUGCUGAAUGUGGUAAAGCAUUUGUUGAAUCGAGUAAAUUAAAACGUCAUCAACUUGUGCAUACGGGUGAAAAACCAUAUCAAUGUGCAUUUGAUGGUUGUGGUAAACGUUUCUCAUUGGAUUUCAAUCUUCGUACACAUUUACGUAUUCAUACUGGUGAUCGACCAUAUCCAUGUCCACAACCUGGUUGUAGUAAACGUUUUGCACAAUCAACCAAUUUAAAAUCACAUUUAGCAACACAUAGUAAAAUUCGUGCAACGCAUCAGUCGAAUUUCAUGACUAACAGACAUCAUCAAUUCAAUACAACACUGAUGAAUAAUAAUACUGGUGGAGGAGGCGGAGUUAGUGCCGGCAUUGGUUCAAUUCUAUUCCGUACCACCGCCGCAGCCACUCCUACUACUACUUUUGCUAAUAUCAAUCCUCCCCCCACGCCUACACCACGUAAUCAAUCGAUUUCAAUUAAUGAUUGUAUUUUACAAUCACCAAUCCAUUAUUCUACUUUAAUUCCUAAUCAAUAUACUACUACUGGUGGAGGUGGGGGUGGUGGUGGUGUUAGUGGUAUUAGUGGUGGUAAUCAUCGAUUUCGAUUAAAUUUGAAUUGUUUAUUUCAAGAAAUUCGUUUGGAUAAUAAUUCACGAGUACAUACUUCACCACUACUGAACAAUACGACUACUACCACUACUACUACUAAUAAUAAUAACAGUAGUAAUAAUGCUAAUAAUACAAAUCAUAGUAAUACUACUUUAUCUAUACCUACAUCAAGUCCAGAUCAAUAUGAAUCAGCUGAUCUUAUUAGUCCUCUAUCACCGCUAGAUUUAACUUCUUCUUCAUAUUGUUCUUCCAUCGAAUCGAAUAACAGUAAUUCUACAUUGUCAUCAUUGCAAAACACUAUGACAAUGCCUGUCAUAAAACCGAAUACUUCAUCCAUGUGUAGUAGUAUUAGUAGUAGUAGUAGUAGUAGUAGUGCAAUGGCUUUAACAUCAACACCGGCACAAUUAUUCACCAAUACUACUACUAGUAGUAGUACUACAAAAAGUAGUAGUACAAUGGAAAAUCGAUUAAAUGAGUUGCAUAAUCAUUGCACUACCAUUACAUCUACUACUGCUGCUGAUACUACUAAUAUUAAUGGUAGUAGUAGUAUUGGUAGCAGCAAUAAUAGUAAUAAUAAUAAUCCUGAUGAUAUCAUAUCAUUAUUUGAAAAUCAUGAAAAUUUCAAUCCUAAUCUAUACGAUCACCACCAGUCAUCAACAGCAUCACCACCGUCAUUUUUUAUUCAAUCAAAAUCUGAUCUGUUUCUCGUGAAUCCUAACAAUUCAAUGUCAUCAUCAACAUCAGCGGCAGCAGCGCCAGCAGCACAAACCCCACUUACUACGAAACGUUCAAGAAAAUCGGUCAGUUUAAUUAAACGUUCGGAAUCACCGAAUUUCGAAGAGUUUAUCAAAAUCCUUCCUCCAGCACAUGAAGAAAUCGAUAAAAUGUCCACAUUGAAAUCAUCCUACUACCGUCGUCGAGGUCGUGGAGGUCGUCGAAAUCGGCUGUUGUGUAAAACAAAAUUAACUAGUAAUCAAUAUAUUUGUAAAAAAUCGCCAUCAUACACUACCACUACUACUGCUCCUGCUCCUGCUACUACUACUACAACCACGACUACAUUGUUGUCACAUUAUGAUACUCGUUCCAAAUCUCGUGAUACUGCUGCUGUUGCUUCUUCUCAUAAAUUCUCAUCGAAUCAUCAUCGACAUGAUCAUCAUCAAUCUGAUCAACAUCCUUGCCGUGGUGGCAGUGGUGGUCGUCGUCGGCGCCGCUGUUGUAAAUUGCGGAAAACCGUGUGAUACACACACGUCAAUUUGUAUUUUGCUUUCUGGUGUGUAUGUAAAUAGAUAUCAUUUAGGUGAGUAUAGAUGAGAUGCAACGAAUGAAUGAAUGAGAAUCAAUCGAUCGAUAAAUUCUAUACCUACCUAUCUAACUAUCUAACUCUACCUACCUCUUUCUGAUUCGUUCAUUAGUAAGUAUCAUGAAAAGAGAAAACAAGUCAAGUAGUAGUAUAAUACACGCAGCAAUAUAUAAAUGAAUUAAUUAUAUGUUACUUUGAUUUGUCUAUCCUUUAAUAUCUGCUCAUCAGCAUUAACUUCAUCCAUGACGUAAUAUAUACACAUAUAUAUAUACACAUGUAUUUAUUGCUCAACUUAUUACUGAUUACUAUAGAGUAGUAGUAUGUUGUUUCGUUUUUUUUUGACGGAGGUAAUGUUUUGUCUUUGUUGUUGUCAUUUGUUUGUUCGUUCGUUCAUUCAUGUUCUCGUUACAUUUUUAUCUCGUAUCUCAAAUUAUUAUACUAUUCCCAUGACAUCCACACACACACACUCACACAAUCAUAGGAACUGACAUCCUGUGUUGUCAGGUAAACAGCUGACUGAUUGAUUGAUUUCUCCUGACAACAACCACUUCAAAACACCAUCAUCAUUCCUGUGAAUCGCACUUUUCUUUAAUUUUGUGGGUGAGUGUGUGUGUGUGUGUAAGUUUUUCUUCUUAUUCAAACGAUCACCUAAACACAGUUUGCAUUUAUUCACUUACAUCAUGUGCAAUAAUCGUUUGUUUUUUAUUUGCUAAAAUCAACAAUGCAUUUUCAUUUCGAUAACAACACAACUAGUAGUAGUACACUAACGAGGCGGCGGGGGCGGUGGGGACGGGGCGUUGCGAGAUGUUUUAAUUUUCAUGUGCAAUAUUUUUUACUAUUAUACUACAACAACUAUUUACAAGAAGAAACCCGAAUUAAAUCAUGACAAAUUGUAGUUGUUGUUUGUUCCGCCAACCCCCCGCCCCCCAUUAAACAAAAUCGCAUUUCGUUACAUCAUCAUGCAUAUUAUUCAUGUGCAAUCAUGUUUGUAUUUUU